GUUAGGACAGAAACAACUGCCAGAGGAUCUGAGUGUUUUACCAUGAGUGCAACAAGUGAAAGUGGUUUUUCAGAAGAAGUAAAUUCUUUAUCAUUUCCUGUCCUAAAAAUCCCUCAUCAGGUAGUGACUCAUUGGUUUUGGUUAGAUUAAACACACCCUAAAUUCUUGUUUGAAAUAAAUAGGGCUUGUACACGAGUAGAAAAAAGAGAUAAUGUAGGCUUUGCAAGAAAGCAGUCGUUUUAUUGGUGUUUUGUUUAGUUCUCUGAAUAACCACCCACAUAUUGCCAUUGUUUUAUUCCUGGGCUUCAUCUGCCAGAUGAAGCGCUUCCCACAUUUAUUUUCAGGUCCUGAGAGAGGCAAAUAUGUCAGGAAUUUAAAUGAAUCCAACAGCAGCACCAGAUGGAGCUUGGUAUUGGGCAGGCUGGAGCUUGGUAUUGGGAAAGCUGGAAGGGGGGCAGGGGGAAGAAGGAGAUAGAGAAAAAUAAAACAUGUGGUUAUUAAAUAUUAUCAACAGCAAGAUUUUCAUGAGUGUCUGCUUGUCUCAAGUUGGAAUAGAAGGUGUUAAAGGGGGCUGUGGGUGUGAUUUGAAACAGAGACCAAUCAGUCAUGUUAGGUCUAAUUGUCCUCUCACUGAAAACCUGCUGGAUUUGCUGUCUGCCCCGAGAUUCUCCCUCCUUGCAAAGUGUUCUUCCACAAAUUCUUCCAGGAAAGCCCAAGGUGUACCAAGGUGUGAGGGUGAAGAUCACAGUCAAGGAGUUGCUGCAGCAGAGGAGAGCACGGCAAGCAGCCACCAGUUCAGCAGUUUCCUGGGGCAGCAGCAGCGGCAUCCAGUUUGCAGAGUCUGUGUCUCCGCCUCACCCAGAACCUUUUGAAGCAGAACCCAUCCCUCCUGUGCCCAGCUGCUGCCCGUCCUGGCAGUUUUCCAGCUGCCUCUCCUGUGAGGAAAGCCCUGGGUACCUGGAGCAGCUGAUAGAUUCCUGCCUCCAGGAGCCACCCUCGGAGCCAGCCUUCAGUGCCCUGCAGCCCUCCUCACACUACACCCCAGACACCUUCCAGCCAGUCCAGCUCUGCUUCAACCAGGGCCUGGCUGCCAGUUCUCCCAGCUCAGCCGACCUGCCCAGCCCAUGGAACUCCAGCUGCUCUCCCCCUCAGCUGUCCCCCCUGACCCCGCUGCCCCCCAGCCCGCCCUCAGCUCUGGACACCAAACCCUACAGCUGUCCCGUGGAGGAGUGGCCCUGCCACCCCCCGUGCCCCUUCCCCAGCCCUGCCUGCUGCUGCACAGCCUGCGGCCCCCAGAGCAUGGACAGCAGGGGCCAGCACUGCUUCCCCUGCCCCAGCACGGACUGCCUGGAAUUCCUGCCAGCCCUGGCCGAGGACUUCCUCAGGAGGGACAGGAGCUGUGACAUUUGCUACAGCUAAUGGGACUGUGGUUUCACACAUCCACUCUAUCCAAAGCAGAUUAAAUUGCCCAUGAACUAUGCAAAGUUCUGCUGCCUAACAGAGUCCAGUUUAUUCUUCACUACUUACACGUUUUUUUACACGAUGCUGUCACUACAUUAAUCUCGGGUCAGGGGUGUUUUGUUGUUGUUGUGGUGGUUUGGUGGGGUUUUUUCCCUGUUUUUAUUUUCAUUGUUGCUGUUUUUUAAAUAAAUCUGAAGCUGCCUUAUCAAACACUUGUCAUUAAACCAGCUCUUUUUGAUAUGAAUAAAUCACUUGGUGCAAAUGCUGAAGCCUGGUCAUUUUUCAUGUGUUAAAGAGUGCUUUUCUCUCCUGCUGCUGAUCCAGGCUGCUGCCCCUGCUCUCACAGAGGUGAGGAUGAGAUUUUGAGCAGCCUAUUCAAGAAAGGUCUCCCUCACCCUUUUCCAGUAGAUGUUUUUGCAUAAACCCAGACCUUCCUAAGA